AAACCACAUUUACUUUAACCCGUCCCUUCUCUCCUGAUUCGGACCGAUCACAGUUCGAGAAGCGAGACAUGUCGGAGUGGCUGGAGAAGGCGAAGAACUUCUUGGCCGAGAAGGUGGCCAACGUCCCGAUGCCGGAGCCUUCCGUCACCGACGUCGAUCUCAAGCACGUCUCCCGCGAGUGCGUCGAGUACAACGCCAAGGUCUCCGUCAAGAACCCCUACGGCCACUCCCUCCCCAUCUGCGAGAUCAUUUACUCUCUCAAAAGCGCCGGCAGGGAGAUAGCUUCGGGGAAGAUACCGGAUCCGGGGUCGCUGAAGGCGAGCGACACGACGAUGCUGGACGUGCCGGUGAAGACGCCGUACAGCAUACUGGUGAGCCUGGCGAGGGACAUCGGGCCGGAUUGGGACAUCGACUACCAGCUCGACAUCGGCCUCGUCAUCGAUCUCCCCGUGAUUGGGAACAUCACCAUCCCCGUCUCUACCAAGGGCGAGAUCAAGCUCCCCACGCUUUCCGACAUCUUCUGAUGCGAGUGUAUGAUGAAUACCAGGAAGAAGAAUAAAAAGUUGGCCUUUUCCUUUCUGA